GCUAAAGUUCAAAAAACAAUAAUCGUAAAAUAUGUUUAUAUGAUGAAUGCAUAAACAAAUUCAAAAGAUUGGAUUAGAGAGAUAAAGAAGAAGUCACCAAGAUCACUGCUAAAUUCAAGUAGAAUACUAGUUGGGGUCAGAAGCAGCCGAUAUGGAAGCAGAAGAAAAAACUAAUAAGAAGAAAAUGUAAAUUCUUAAAGAUAAAAACACGAGUAUAAAUUAAUGACCAUUCAGUAGAGUUGACACAUUGGAACGUGAAACCAAAUCCAUAACGGAAAAGAAUUAAUCAAACCCAAAAAAAUCAAAAAUGUUCAAAUUCGUUAUUGUUUUGUCCGCCCUCAUUACUGUGGCCCUUUGUGCUGGUGGCGAUGAUCAGUCUGCUGAAACUUUAAAAUAUGUCAAUGUUGUGAACAGCGAUGGCAGUUACAAUUUCGAAUAUUCCUCCUCAAAUGGCAUUGAUUUUGGUGAGUCGGGUGUUGGAGCCUCCUAUGCCAAGGGCUCCUACAGCUACACUUCGCCCGAAGGCCAACCCAUCGAUUUGACUUAUACUGCCGAUGAAAAUGGUUACCAACCUCAAGGCGAUCAUUUGCCCACGCCACCACCAAUCCCAGCAUAUAUCCUUAAAGCUUUGGCCUACAUUGAAUCUCAUCCCUUCCCCCAAGUAAAUUUGGCUAAGAGAAAAUGAGUAGCUUC